AAACGCUUUCAAAAAAGCCCUCUCUCGCAAUAGAACCGCCAUGGGCGAGUUCAAAGUGCACGCCGUGGAGCACGCGGCGUCUCUGCCAGACGCCCACCGCGCGCUGGACCUUCUGCAGCUGGUCCAGCGAAACGCGGAGGCCUUGCUGCGGGCAAGGUCUUGGCGCGUGGGAGCAUUGGUGGAGCUUUGCUGCUGCAAAGCUGCGCCUGAGAAGACCGGAAACCAUGUAGCGGGGUGGUGCAUUCCUGAGGGCGAUGGCAGAAGCGCUUCAAAAAUCGCUAUCAGGCUGAGGAGGCCAAAAGGCAAGGGUCACAGCUUGCUGCACUUCGAAAACGUGUUUGGGACGAUGCUGCAUGAACUUGCACACAUUGUUCACUCCAAGCAUACUCCGGCUUUCUAUCAGCUGAUGGAUGAGCUGAAAGACCAGUGGGAGAAGCUGACCGUGUCCGGCUGCGUGCUGGAUGCAAAAGGCUUCCCCACCGUCGGGGGGCAAGCGGUGGACAGCUCGCGCCACAACCCAACUGGUGACUCCCGGACUUUGGCGGCGAAAGCUGCCGAGAAGCGUCAGGAGCUGGGCAAUCUCAUGUCCUCCAGGCGGCUGGGGCACGGCAAUGAGCCAACCUCUUGGCGCACCUUGCCGGCACGCGAGAGGGCCGCCCGCGCCGCCGAGCGGCGGGCCGCGGAAGCUGCGCUGGGCUUCGGCGAUGAUGAGCUGCCGGACGCCAGGGAGGCGAGCCACAAAGCGGGCGACGUCUCGGAGGGCCAAAUUCGUGGCCAAAAGCGGAAGUUCUGCCAAAGGCAGCAGUGCCAGUGUGGCUUGCAACAUAACGACCUUCCAGAAAACGGAAUGGUGCUUGCAGAGGAGGAAGACCGCCUACUGCAACUUGCUGUCUCUGCUUCUCUGGCAGAGUGUGCAGUUCCGGAAUCUUCAGCAGAAGGAGUCACCGACUUUGCCUCACUCCUACACCCCUGUAUUGAACUAAGCGAUGACGAAUGAAAGCUGAAAA